AUGAUGCACUGCGCACUGGCUGUGCCGUUGGCGGCGGUGGUCUGGGUGGUGUUUGCAGUAUCACUGCUGGGUUGCGCUCAGCAUGCUGCAAGCGCUGCCGUGAGAGCAGACGCCCCCAAGCCCCACAUUGUCUUCAUCAUGAUCGACGAUUGGGGCUUCCACAACUUUGGCAUUCGCAACCAAACAGAGGCCAAGACGCCAAACAUGGACAAACUGGCACGGGAUGGACUGCUGCUGGAUCAGGCGUACUCGUAUUUUUGGUGCACACCGAGCCGUUCCAGCUUCCUCUCUGGUCGUCUGCCCUUGCAUGUGUUCCACUCCAACCGCGUCAGCUCCGCCAGCUGGGACUCCCAACACCCAGACACGGCCGGCGUUGGCAUCCCUCGCAACAUGACCACGAUUCCGGCGUUUAUGAGGAAGGCUGGGUAUAAGACGCACAUGGUGGGCAAGUGGGAUGCGGGCAUUGCCACCCCACAGCACUCGCCGCUUGGGCGUGGGUUUGACUCGUCCCUGCACUACUUCAACCACGACAACAACUACUAUGCCUACAACUACACGGACACCGUGUCCGUCCAGUUCCCCGUCAAGUGCCAGCUGCUGAAGUAUGUGACGGGGUUUGUGGACCUGUGGAACAGCACGGAGCCUGCCGACGCUCCAAUCGGCACAUACGAGGAACACGUGUUCCGCGACCACGCGCUCGACGUCAUCUCCAAGCACGACGCCUCCACGCCGCUGUUCCUGUACUACGCCAGCCACAUUGCGCACGCCCCGCUGCAGGUGCCCCAGGCGUACCUGGACCGCUUCCAGCACAUCCCCGACCCGAUCCGCCGCACGUACCAGGCGAUGGUGCUGGCAGCCGACGACGUUGUCGGCAACAUCACGGCCGCGCUCAAGGCCAAGGGCAUGUGGGAGAACACGCUGCUGGUCGUGCACUCGGAUAACGGCGGCGCCAUCUACCAGUGCCUGGACGGGAUGGACGCCAGCCUGUGCGGCGGCGCGAGCAACUGGCCGCUGCGUGGCGGGAAGCUGAGCCCCUUCCAGGGCGGCAUUCGCGUCAACGCUUUUGUCAACGGCGGGUUCCUCCCCUCGCAUCGCCGUGGACAGGUCGAGACGGGCCUGGUCGUCCUGGCGGACUGGAUGGCCACCUUCUGCGAGUUGGCCGGCGUUGCGUGCGAGGACCCCAUUGCCAAGAAGGCGAACCUGCCCGCCAUCGACUCGCAGAGCCUGUGGUCGCUGCUGUCGGGCGCCAACAGCACGUCGCCACGUGUGGAGUACCCGAUCACCUUUGACCAGUCGCCGCUCAUCGUGCGCCCGCCCUGGAAGCUGAUUGUGGGCGACAACCUCCAAUACGGCCAGUGGACGGGCCCAAAGUACCCCAACGCCACGACAACAGGCGGGGGUGUGCCUGCCGGUGCCGUCAACUGCACAGCCGGCUGCCUCUUCAACAUUGAGCAGGACCCAACCGAGCACCACGACGUGGCCGCGCAACACCCCGACGUUGUUGCAGACCUCAAGCAGCGGCUCGCGUACUGGCAGAGCCACACGCUGACGUGGAAGCCUGGCUGGCCCAUUCCACAGGCGUGCGAGGCGUACAUCCACCGCUACAACGGCUACUACGGGCCCUUCAUCGACGUGUAG